CUAGCUCCUGGUGCUGCCUAGCUUGCUGUUUUCUUCCAGCCUCCUACUUGUCUAUCCCUUUAUAUUUGGCCAGUUACAAAUCCAAUGGAAAUCGAGCUGGAAGAGCGGAAGCUUAUCUGUCAACUCGGCAGAUUCAAAAAUUUUACAUCUCCUGCUGGCAUCUUUAUUCCCCCACCACUGUUUCAAUUUUCUUGCAUUUCCUUACAUUGUAUUCUCUUCUGUUUUGCAUUCAGUGAGGUCAGCCACUCUUCAUCAGGGCCACAUUUUUGUUUCUUUAUCAAUUUUCACAAAACCGUUCGUCAUUUCAUGCCUCUUACCCGAUCACAAACCUUCUCUUUUGUUCAUACCACAUCCCUCCCUUCCACCUGCUUGAAACGUUUAACAUUUCCAUUAUUUUUCAGGUCAUACACGACUUAAAACUUCAACUUUUUUCGCACGGCAUGGAACCCAAAUGACACGGAAUUCCCAAUAUUUUCGCGCGUUAUUUUGUUGCAAAUCAUCCAACACCAGCACAAAGGGAAGAAACAAUCAGCAAGCCCUUUACUGUAUUCAGUUGUCCCUGCGUGUGUGUAUUUGAUAGUCAACAAUGUCACCAAGCAGGACAUUCAGGAACUUCCUCCCCUUAUUCCGACAUUUGUCAAGCUGGGGGCUCGGAGAGUGCAUGCGCACUUGCGUUUCCUUGUAACAAAAAGUUCCUAGUUUUAACAUGGGGACCAUAUUCAAAGUGAGGAGUUUGAAGACUGACAGAACGUAUGGAAUCGUAGCCAGAGACUUGGAAGAUCUAAUGACAAAGGGAUGCCAGAAACUGCAGAUCCCACGUCAAAGAUGUCGCUUAUGUUUGUACAAAGAUGGGACAGAAGUUCAUGCUGACAAUUUCUCGUGUCUGGAAGAUAACUGUAAGCUUAUCUUUCUGGAGCAGGGACAGCAGUGGAAUGGAGAAAUUUGCUACUGUUUGAAUAAAAUAUUUCAUGACCAAAAUAAUGAAGAACUAAUUAUGAUUGCAAGGCAAAUGUUAUCUGAUGAAACAGAACCCAGGAGAAAGAUGCUGCUGCAGUACAUUGUUCAAAACACUGCUGGAAAUAUAACAGCUGAAAAUCGUAAGGAUGACCAGGAGUGGUUUGAAGGUUUGGAAUCGCGAUUUAAAACCAAAUCUGAUUAUAUGAGAUUCAGUUGUGGCAGAAGAAUGAGAAAUUACCUGACAGAGGGGGCGUUUGAUCAGCAGGAGUGCAGUUCUUUCCAUUCCAUCAAUCCAUAUGGUAACAAAGAAAACAGAAUUGUGUUUAGCACAUGGAACCUGGAUCACAGGAUUGAGAAGAAGCGGGCCAUCAUUCCAGCAAUAGUCAAUACUGUAAAGAAUCAGGACACCGAUGACAAUCAGGUUGAAUUUUUCUACAGUCACUUGUUUACUCUGGCCAACCUGAAGCUGGUUCACAUUGCCUGUCACAAGAAAACAGAGCACAAUCUUACAUGUGACCCACCUCCAAUCAACAAGAUCAAGAAAAGAAAGAUGAAAAUGUCUUCAGCUCCCCCAAGGUCUGCUCGGAAGUAUCUUUCACAGAGUGCCAUAUAAUUUGCCUGAAGAAUGCCUUUAAGGAUUGGAGUGGAGAGCGUAGGUGGGUGAGAGGCUUCUCCAAAUUUACUGAAAUGUGCAGUCAUAGACGAGGUGAGCUUUGCAAUUGAGCUCUGUGUGAAGCUCGUUAGUGAACUGAAUGCUGUGAAAUGGUGAAUGCAUAAAUCAAGUGAUACAGGUUUGUGUAGACGCUCACAAAAUAUUAGUUACUAUUGUCAGAAAAUCAGUGAUGGUCAAACUCAGGCAAUCAGUGACACUUAUCUAUGCCACGUUUCCUCAAAUUUAAAUGGAUCCCUUUUAAAAGUGAGAUUGGAUUGAUACAGUGGUGUUGUAGAACAGAAACAUACAGGCUGGUAUGUUCAAAUGUUCAGGCUUCAUUCAUACAAAACAUUUCAAGUUCAAGUUAACUUAUUGAACAUCUUUAACAAAAGAGCAGCUAUCAAAUUCAACUAAACUUAUUGAAUAUUUUUAAUAACAGUGCAAGGCUAUCUGUGAAACCUCCAUGUUACUUAGAAGUGAAUGACAGCAAAAGUGGAUAGUCCCUCCGAAGGUAUGACUCAGAUUGCUAAAUUUAAUGAGAGAAGCUUAAGAUAUUAAAAAGAGCUUGAACUGCUUUCUGUCCAGUAGGUAAUACAAGUCAACAGUGGAACGAUGGUGGCAAUGGCAGCAGAAUCAUGUUAUGCUUUAUAGGUGGAAGGACACACUGUUUACCUUCUUCUCUAAUAGUCUUCACUUUGCAUAUAUACGGUUAAUACAAAGUAUUUCAAAGCAAAAGGAAGACAUUAUAUUGUGCGGUUAUAUUUGACAAAAGCUAAGUAUAUCUCAUAUAUAUAGGAGUGUCUGUUAGUGAGGGUAAUCCAGAUACCAUCAUUUGUGUUGGGUUCAACCAGAAUCAAGAACCCAAGAGAAACUGAAACCUAUCAUUGAAGGUUGAUUCAAUGUUUCAGAGUUUAAUCUCAAAGUAUUCUCAAUAUUACAAGUUUCAAAUAGUUUCAGUCACUGGUCUCAAUAAUGUCAGUGAUUUGUGAAGUAUUUGUUAAUUAUGACACCAGUGAGUUGCCCUUACAACCACUGUUUUUCAUUUGGUUGUUACUGCAUCCAUUAAUGAUGUGUAAUUUAAAUUGGUAUAAAACUUUAAAUACAUUUGUUCAUUUCUUUUAUUCUCUAUUUCAUUUAAAGUUGUGAAUCUGAUUUCCUUUUAGAUUUGUCAAUGAAGGCAAUCCUCUGCGUAGCUAGUGGGAAUCCAAAUUGAGCACAAAAAAAGGAUAAAUUUGAUCUGAAAUUAUUCAUGUAAAACAAUUUGGUGCACUGACUCAGGCAACUUUCAUCUCGAGACCUAACAAUGGAUGGCAAACAAUGGACUGCUCUGCAGUGAGGAAUUACAGUAAAAGAAUGUUUAUAGGUCCCUUGGCAUAAACUUUUGUCAUUCCUAAAAUCUAGAGUUCUUACAGAUCCAGAAUUAUUAGGUAGCAAUCAGGAGUAAGGACCAUAAUUGUUUGAUACUUUGCAAUGUUUGUGAUGAUGAAAGAGUUAUCAUUGUCUUCUUUCACUGAGAUCAUUCAUGACAGAGUAUGGAACUGUAUGACUUUGCAAUAGUAGUCAAUCCCAAUUCUUCACUGAGCCACAGGAGUCCUGUUUAAAAAAAUGUUUUGUAUGUUAUGUUCAAAUUAUAAUCUAUUUUUCUGUAAAUGUAUGAAUAUUUAAUUGUAUCAAAAGUAUGAAUUUUAAUGCAGAAGAAAAAUGUUGCAAAUUUCUCCAAAUCAUCCAGAAGAGGUUUUCACCCCUUCUUGUGUUUGAAGAUUUGCUUCUGAAAUUAUUCUUAUGUCUUGGUGCUUGUGAUUUUUCCUCUUAAGCUCUGUCAUCUUAUGUUUGAGUGUAGCACAUGUUUUAUUAUACAUUUUGUAAAUAAUUGAUGAAUUACAGUCUGAGUUUAAAUUUGUAUACUUUGAAUCAUGUACAUCGAAUGCAGCCUCCAACUAUCUCUACUUGCCUACAACAAAGAUCACUUGCCUUGGUAACAAUGAGUCAGAAUAUGAUCUGUUACAACAAUUAUGGAAACAGGGAUAUAUAAAAAUGUGAAAAAAAUGGAAUCUUUAAUCCAAUCAAUUGAUUCUAACAUUUUUGCUGCAGAAUGGAUCUGCCUUAAUUUUUAGACUGUCACAAAUGUAUCAAGUUCAAAUAAACCUGAUGUAUAUUUUAA